AAGAUUUCUCUACAGUUACACUUAUCCAUCUUCUCCGCUCUAAUAUAUUUAAAAAGAUACCCAACAAAAGUUCUCAAAGAAGAUAACUGGAUCAUGUGAUGGUGGUAUCCUUACAUCACAGGAGGGAGGUUGAAGUUGCAUUUUCAAAAGGCUGACUAGAUUUUGGGUUUGACUUUUUCAUUCAUCACUGUUAUUGAUUUUGACAAUUUAUUAGUUAUUUAACAUGUUCUAUACCAGAGGCCUCUAGCUACUUGUAGUUCUUGAUCAGCAAUUAUUACUUGUGUUUGACUUUUAUCUGAACAUGAACAAGAUGAUGCCUUUCAUAAAACACUUUGAACACCUCCAAAUUCAGCUAGAGCUUAUCAAAUCAGCAACAAAUAACUUUUCUGAUGACCAUUGUAUCGGAAAAGGGGGAUUCGGGAACGUGUAUAAGGCAGAACUCGCCCUUUCCAAGGGGCUAACCAUGGUUGCCUUAAAGCGCUUAAAUCGUGCUUUUGGACAAGGCGACCCUGAGUUCUGGAAGGAGGUCACUAUGCUUUCUGUUUACAGACAUCAAAACAUUGUUUCUCUGUUAGGGUUUUGUGACGAUAGUGGAGAAAAGAUUCUUGUAUAUGAGUUUGCACCUAGGAGAAGUUUAGACUUGUAUCUUGACAAAGAUGAACUAACAUGGGCUCGACGCCUUCAUAUUUGUAUUGGAGCGGCUCGUGGGCUAGCGUACCUUCAUGGUUCCGUAGGGACACAACAGCAACGUGUAUUGCAUCGUGAUAUUAAAAGUUCAAAUAUCUUAUUAGAUGAAGAUUGGAAUGCCAGAAUCUCCGAUUUGGGUCUAUCCAAAUUUGGUCCUGCUAACCAACAAUACACGUUUCUUGUCUCCAAUGCAGUAGGCACAAUUGGGUAUUGUGAUCCGCUGUAUGUGGAGACUGGAUUAUUAACAAAAGAAUCUGACGUUUAUUCUUUUGGAGUGGUGUUAUUUGAGGUAUUUUGUGGCAGGUUGUGCAUUGGAAAUGUCAACAAUAAGAAAGUACCUUUAACAGGAUUGGUACGACAGUUCUACGAACAGAACAAAAUAGAUGAGCUUGUUUAUAGUAAUAUCAAGGAUAAAAUAAAUCCUGAUUCACUCAAGGCCUUUACAGUGAUUGCUUAUAAAUGUUUGAAUAGAGACCAGGAAACACGUCCUUUAAUGACCGAGGUUGUGAAGAUGCUUGAAAAUGCACUUAAUUAUCAAAAGGGGAUCCAGACACAAGACCACCAAGAAAAAAAUAAUAUAACAUAUGACAAAUGCGAGACGUUUCACUUCAUGAGGGCAGGUAGGCAAAGGUUUGACUUGAAAGAUCUUCUAAGUGGUGAAGCUGAAGUAUUAGGAAAAGGAAGUUUGGGAACUUCGUACAAGGCAAGACCUUUGGGCGUAGCAUCAGAUUAUGUUGUCAAGAUAUUCAAGUUAGACAGUAUCAAAGAAGAAAAAAUAGACUUCCAUGCACAUAUGAUGAUGUUGGGAAGUAUGUCACAUCCCAAUCUACUAUCGUAUGUGGCUUGUUACUAUGACGAUGGUGAUAAUAGGCUAUCGGUCACAGAUUUUGCUGUCAAUGGUAGCUUGGCCAGUCAUCUUCAUGAUAAACCAAAAGAUGGUGAGCCAGGAUUGGAUUGGCCAACACGAUUAAAGAUAAUCCAGGGUAUAGCAAGAGGGCUUGAUUAUCUUUAUCACGAGUUUCCUCGCCUACCUCUCCCUCAUGGCCACUUAAGAUCAUCGUCUGUGCUACUUGACGAAGCUUUUAAUCCCCUUUUAGCAGACUAUGCCCUAUUACCUAUUUUUACUAAGAAUGAAGCUAAAAAACACUUUAUGGCCUACAAGUCACGUGAUUUCACUCAAGAUGUACGUAUGACAAGGAAGACAGAAGUUUGGUGUCUAGGAAUCUUGAUACUAGAGAUACUAACCGGUAAAUUACCAAUAAACUAUCUAGAGCAAGGUGACCACGGAAAAAAUGAUUUGGGGACAUGGGUGAGGUCUGUAGGGAAGGAAGAGUGGAGUGACAAGGUGUUUGAUAAAAACAUGAAAUGGGCAGAGAACAACGAGAUUGAGAUGAUAGACCUUUUGGAGAUCGGGAUACAUUGUUGUGAACCACGUGUAGCGAUGAGGUGGGAUAUGAAAAAGGCCAUUGAGAAGAUACAAGGGUUGAAGGAGAGGGAAGAUGAUGAUGAAGAGUGCUCAUCUGAUUCAACCCAAGGAGAGGACUCGAGUGAUACCCCAAGAAGAAUACACAACUGACACAGCCCAAGGAGAGGACUCGAAUGCUACUCGAGAGUAUGUUAGAAAAGCUGCUCUCAUGUUUGCGAUUGCUGGGGGAAUCGAGUUACCUGAGUAAGAAUGUAAGUAUCCAUGACCAGAUAUCUCUUUGUAUUGUGAAUUUGUGAUAUCACUUUCAAAAACAACAAUGAGACCGUAUCUGUCUGGGUUAGACGAAUUUGUUUUGAGAUAACAUGUAAGGUUAUGGAAUUUGACAGGAAUCAAAAACCCAUUGAACGUAUUUCAUGUUUUGUAUAUGUUUCAGCAUUUUGUAUUUAAAGACACUCAAAUUAAUGAGUUGUUUUCCUUGAUCC